CAGGGUUUACUUUCACUGCUGAAAAAGCUGAAAUCAAGCAGUAGCAAAGAACUGAAGAUUCUCUUCCUCGGUUUGGACAAUGCCGGGAAGACAACGAUUUUGAAAUUCAUGGCUAACGAGGACAUUCAGCACAUCACGCCGACCCAGGUAUUCGACUGCAUUGCUGUCUUAGAGAAUGGUCGAUACCAAUAUGCUAAAGCUGAACUUGUUCUCUUGCAGGGAUUUAAUAUUAAGUCCGUCCAAAAAGAUGGAUUUAAGAUGCAUGUCUGGGACAUAGGAGGUACUAAAAGAGAUUUCCUUUCGAAUAUUGUUGGGUUUUUCCUUGAACGAUCUGUUCUUAACAUCUUUAGCUCUACCUGUAUGAAAUAACACAAAAUUAAUGCUACUUUCUUAAGUUACUUGUCAGUUUUGAAGUUUAAGUGUUAACAGAUUGGGUGUUUUAUGUCAUUUAAGGACAAAGAACCAUUCGUCCAUACUGGAGAAACUAUUUUGAACAAGUUGAAUGUUUGGUAGGUGAUGUUGAAAGUUUAUGUAAUAUGCCGAUCAAUUCGAAUUCAGUAUCCUCCCUUCCCCCUCCCAGGCAAACCCUGGAUGUCUGUCCAUCACUUUGGCCCGGGGAGUGUGGAAUUUGACCACAAUUUGAAGCCUGGGAUGGGUCAAAAUUUUGCCCAUUUGACUGGAAUGAUUCACCUGUUAGGAGGGAAUUUAGUGGCAGAUUUUUUAUAAAAAAUUCAAACCCGCACCCAUUCCCUUCAUCUCAACCCCUUCCUUGCCCCCUUGCCCCCCCUGCCCCCCCCUCCCUACCCUGCUGCCCCUGCCUGCUUUACUUUGAUAGCUACAUCAUACAUGGAUUUUCAUUUGUCUUCUCAAGGUGUAUGUUGUAGACAGCUCGGAUCAAAAGCGGUUAGAGGAGACUGGCGUGGUAAGUAACUAAGGUUGAUUCUACUAAACACUACAACACCUGAUGAUUUUACUUUACAAGAGCUGAGUCCAAUGCUCUUUCAAGUAUGUUUUGAUAAUGAUAUCAUCAGAGGAACUAUGCGCUCCAGUCCAAACUCGUAUUAUCUUUAGAAAAACAAGCUGGAGUUCAAAAAUAAUUGCUUAAAGAGCCAUCUUGACUAAGUCACAACAUAGUUCUCCAUAUUUAAAGUAGCUUCAGUUUAAGCUGCAAUCAUUCUUCAAAAUUUGGAUCUGUGAAUCACUAUCCGUGAGAAUUUAACAUCCUGCAAAAAACACUAAUGUGUGACAAAACAUUGUGGGAAACCAUCACAUUCAUGGACAGUGAUUCAGAUCAAGGAGGGAUUUUGAAGAAAACUCAACAUCCUAAAACCCUUAUUUAGCCGCAAUGAAGAACUUAACGUUUCAAAAGAGGUCAACUUAAGAAAAUGCUCUUGCAUCAGCGGGCAAAUCAUACCCAUCAGAAACAAUAACCGCAGAAAUUAAUAUGCGUGUCAUGACCUCUCAGCUUGAAAGAAGUGGCAAAAAUCACAUUUUCUCAAUCAAAACGUAGACCUCUCCAGAGCAUAAUCUAACCAUAAGAGAAAAAAUUCAUUGGAACAAGCAUUAUUUUUGCAUGAGGUAAGUCGUGUGUGCCUACCAAACCCCUUUUUACACUCCAAACUGCUCACACUUGCAUAAGGGAUUAGCACCACUCGAAAUACUCUCGCAAGAAAUUUGAAAGAUUCCAACUCAUUGACAUUUCAACAGUUUGACAGACAAAAUCUAAUUACCGGUAUCUCAAACGUGCCAAAAGUAUGUGGAAGAGGGUCGGAAAAUAAAUGAUUACAUGCUCUCUCUCCCUUCCUUUUUCCUUUUUCCCGCACCGCCAACUUUUACGCUCCAUGUACCUUUACUUUCAUGUCUUCCCCCCAGUGUCUGAGAGCCUGGAACAGGCUACUUCAAAUGGAGAGGUUGCUCCCAGGCCAUCACAUUUCUUAGUAUUCACCUGCAAUUCCUGUUGGACGGACCAGUUUAUGUUAGGAAUUCCAAGGGAAAAUUCUCGCUAAUUACAUACCAAGCACACCCACUAUGACUCCAUGUCUCCUUUUUAACCAUCUCAACCAACCCUUAACAAUUAACAACACUACUACACUCACACAUGCCUGACUCACCCAAAAAUCCUCACACAUGCAACAUGCAAUGAUGCCCAAGUGUAUGCUCCCACAGCAUCUUGUUUCUAUUGCAUCUAAACCUGUAUAUAACAAAGCAAGAAAAUUUGUUGCUUUGGUUUAGGAGAGAGCUGUUGACCAAACAUCAUGGACCUACAUGCAACUUCCCACUCUCCUGCCUCCACAAAUACAGCUACCCCCAAGAACUGCACCAGUACACAAAAUUUUUUCUUUGAUUUCAGGAAUUUAAGGACCUUUUAGAUGAGGACAAAUUAUGUGGUGUCCCUGUUCUUGUAUUUGCAAACAAACAAGAUUUAUUGAAUGCCAAGUCUCCAGCAGAGGUGAGGUAACAGAAUCGUUAUAGUGGAAACUUUAAUACAAAUUGAUAUCAGUAGACUGGAAGGAAUGUUACUUGUAGGUUAAAAUGUAGGUAGAGCAGUAGGGAGGUACAUAAGUAGGUAGAUAGCAGGUAGGCAGGAAGGUAUUAACCUUGUCCUGUAUGAAGAGGAAAACCGGACAACCUAGAGAAAAAGCUUGGUAGAGGGCAAUGAGCCAACCUCAGCAACAGACUUAAUUUACGCAAGGGUUGGGAAAUAGGGUCGAUUUCCAUCAAAGGUAUUCAACAGCUUUCAAAUUCAACUUUUAAGUUACAUUUGAAAUUCACUCUUGCCUUUAGAUAUCUGAAUGUUUAGAUCUUCAUACAAUAAAGGAUCGGCCAUGGCAAAUUCAUCCAUGUUCAGCGAAAACAGGAGAAGGAAUACAGGUAUUUCAGAGUUAA